AACCAGCGAACUUCAGAUUCUUAAACUAUUCGAUUUUAAAUUCUUCUCCAACUAACUCCAAUUUGUUCAAAGUUUGAAUCCUUGCUUAUUAUUUGUUAUAUGUAUACAUAUAUAAGAUUAUAUUUUAUUCUCUGUUAGUAAUUUAGGGUUUGGAGGUUUGGGGAUAUGAGAGUGUUGAACCUUCCGCAAACGAUUAUGUUCUCGGACUCCUUUCCCGGCGAACCUUCCGGUUCUGAUGACGCUGAAAUGGAUUUCGGCUUUGCUUUUAACGAAAGUAAUUUUUCCGAUCGGGUCUUGAGGAUUGAGGUCGUUCCGGAUUUGCCGGAGGCAAAAUCCAUCGGUAACUGUUGCUCGUCCAUCGUGGAUUGGGCACGUAAUAGAAAGAGGCGGAGAGAGGAUUUCAAGAAAGAAAUUGAUGUUGCCGUGCAACGUGAGGGGCAAAUAUUGAAUUGUAACUUGCAGAAUACUGAGGAUGGCACGACGUAUGAAAACCGAGAUGAAGAUGCGGCAGCAAUGAUUGAAGCGUCGCCUUGUGGAGUUGGAUUGAAUUGCAAUCUAAUUGGGAAUGAUAUAGUUAAUGGCAAUGAUUCAUCCUGGAAUAUCGAUUGUUCGACAGUUCUAAGGGUCAAUACCAUGCAUGUUAGUUCUCCAAUUUUAGCAGCAAAAAGUCCCUUCUUUUACAAGUUGUUUUCAAAUGGAAUGAGGGAGUCAGAGCAGUGACAUAUAACACUCCGGAUACAUGCCUCUGAAGAAGCAGCUUUCCUGGAUCUUCUUAAGUUUGUAUAUUGCAACACUCUGUCAAUUACCACACCUACUGCCGUGCUAGAUGUGUUGAUGGCUGCUGACAAAUUCAAGGUCGCAUCAUGCAUGAGAUAUUGUAGUCGAAUGUUACGGAACCUACCAAUGACCUGUGAAUCUGCCCUACUGUAUUUGGAUCUUCCUUCUACUGUUUUAAUGGCAGAUACUGUUCAGCCACUGACAGAUGUAGCAAAGCAAUUUCUUGCCGCAAGCUACAAGGACGUAACCAAGUUCCUGGAUGAGGUACUCAAGUUGCCUCUUGGUGGUAUAGAGGCAGUUUUUUCCAGUGAUGAUCUCCAGGUAGCUUCAGAGGAUUCCGUGUAGAUGCUCGAUUUCGUCCGAGGGCUUUUAUCGGAGGCUUCGUAUCCAGCAAACGAUACAAAUUUGGACCAGUAGGAGCCCAAAUCAGCCCAAAACAGCAGUGUUGAUUGGAGACUUCAGUCCACGUGAAGUCCUGCACAACAAGAACAGUUAGCAAGCGAAAAUGAGGGGAAAGUAGUGUUUGAUCGUGGGAAUGAUAUUGAGCACUCAAAAAAAAAACUGUAAAGAGUCAGUUUUGAGGGGGAAUUAACCGCUAGAAAUUAAAAUAGGGAAAAGCAUUGUAAAUAGGGGGACCAUUGGAAAUACAAGGGGAACCCGAGCAGAAAAAAAAGGAAAGAAACGAGAGAAAAAACACAGAACAAGGGGAGUCUCUCAGGUCGGCAACCAGGAAUUAACGAGAAGGUUUCCCAACAAUCAUUCGAAGGGGGCUCUCAAACAGGGGACGAAAACAGUAAAAAAGAUGGUGGUCUCAAUCUUUUCCUUCGAAUUUACAGCAGAAAAUCAAUGUAAAAGAGAAAAGAAAGGGCAAUCCAUCAUUGUAUUCAAAAAUCGGGAAAGCAAUAGAAAACACGUUUUGGGUUUGAGGUACUCUC